AUGACGGAAAUUGCCGCAGUGACAAACGACGAGACAUCAGCAUAUCACGAACUCGUAUUCUGUACGGAAGGGCAUCAGAUGCGGUCUAAAUGGUGUCCCGCCUUCCGUUCGGCAAACUCUUCCAACGAAGCGCUACGACAAACAACUGAAGAACUCAAGGACGACGGAAAUCGCCUUCCGUUCGGCAAACUCUUCCAACGAAGCGCUACGACAAACAACUGA